GCUUUUAGCAGAAAAGCCAACCCUCCAUUCAUUCACAGCCCACUCUGUCUUUCUUCAGGGAUAAUAAGAAAGUAGUCAAAGAAGUGACAGCCCACCGUGUAUCAUCACUGUUCCUUCACUGCCCAUUCCCCUUGCUUCGAUUCUUUGGGGCUUGGCUUGGCCGCCGCAGAGUGCGGAUAACCUUUUAAAAGGUCUCAGAGGAUAUUCAAAUCUCAUGCCACGGCCCCAUCCAUACGCUCCAGUCUUAAUCCAGACGUUCCUCUAUUGAUUUCCAUCGUAAAGUUUCGAGCUUUCCGUGUGAUUUCUCCGGGAAACGGCUAUGGCGAAUGCCGGUGACAUUGCUGUCCCGACAAGGCUUGAGGGGAAAUUCAAGGCCACGGUGGUCUGUUGGAUUCUUGGGUUUGGUUCACUUGUCGCUUGGAACAGUAUGCUGACUAUUGGAGAUUAUUAUUAUAACCUUUUCCCGAAAUACCAUCCAUCGAGAGUCCUCACGCUUGUCUACCAGCCCUUUGCGCUCGGAACCAUUGCCCUUCUUGCAUACAACGAAGCGAGACUCGACACCCGAAAGAGGAACAUCGCCGGUUACAUCCUUUUCACUCUCAGCACCUUGUUGCUCAUAGUUUUGGACUUGGCAACUUCCGGGAAAGGAGGGAUUGGGCCGUACAUCGGAAUAUGCGUCAUUGUGGCUUGUUUCGGAACUGCUGAUGCUCACGUUCAGGGAGGAAUGGUGGGCGAUCUAUCUUUCAUGUGUCCUGAAUUCAUGCAGUCGUUUUUUGCAGGUUUAGCUGCAUCUGGAGCUGUUACAUCUGGUCUGAGGCUUGUUACUAAAGCAGCCUUCGAGAAAGCAAGUAACGGUCUUCGCAAAGGGACGAUGUUGUUCCUUGCAAUCGCCACGUUCUUUGAGUUCCUCUGUGUUCUGCUAUAUGCAAUCGUAUUCCCGAAGCUUCCAAUAGUUAAAUAUUACCGCUCGAAGGCGGCUUCUGAGGGAUCAAAGACUGUCAAUGCUGAUCUUGCUGCAGCUGGAAUUCACGCAAAUCAAGAUGAUGCCAAGGAGCAAGCACGCCUGAGCACCAAGCAACUUUUGCGCGAGAACAUAGAUUACGCUGUCGACCUGUAUCUGAUAUAUGUUCUCACACUCUCAAUCUUCCCGGGAUUCUUGUUUGAGAAUACUGGAAAUCAUAAAUUGGGCUCAUGGUACCCCCUUGUUCUGAUUGCUAUGUACAACGUGUGGGACCUGAUAUCAAGGUACAUUCCCCUGGUGGACUGCCUGAAGCUCGAGUCCCGGAAAGGCCUCAUGAUCGCAAUCCUAGGGAGGUUCCUGCUCAUCCCUGCAUUCUACUUCACAGCUAAAUAUGGUGAUCAAGGGUGGAUGAUCCUGCUGGUCUCGUUCUUGGGACUAACAAAUGGUUAUCUCACCGUAUGCGUCAUGACAGUCGCGCCGAAGGGUUACAAGGGGCCUGAGCAGAAUGCGCUGGGGAACUUGCUUGUGCUGUUCCUCCUGGGAGGAAUAUUCUCAGGAGUUGCUCUUGAUUGGUUGUGGAUCAUUGGCAAUGGAAGCUUCUAAGGAACGAACUUGAUUUAAUUCAGUAAAUGGAAGUGUUUAUAUCGGUGAACUGAUAAGAGUUCGAUUUUUUUCCCCCACCUGCGUGCAAAGGUCGUUUUCUUCUUACAUUUUGGACAAUGGAAGGAACUACAAAUUUGCUGCAGAUGAAGCAUUUUCCUUUACAGAUCAUUUGCUAAGCCAGCUUGUGCUCUCUAUCUUUUGUUUUGGUUGAAUAUAUAUGUUCUUCUCUGGUUUUCUUAUA